AUGUCAACUGAGAAGAUUCCUCAGGACCAACCAUCUUCGGAGGCUCUCAUAGUUGCCGAUUGGACUCCAAAGGCCGAAUCUCAUCUACGAAGAAAACUGGACUUUACGAUCCUACCAAUGCUCAUGCUGGGUCUCUUUGCACUCCAACUCGACAAAGGAAACCUCUCCUACGCCCUGACUACGAGCUUCACAAAGGACCUUGGCAUUGAUAAUAACAACGUCAACUAUGGAAACCAACUCAUGCUCGCCGCUAUUGUCGUCUUUGAGAUCCCCUUCAACAUGGUUCUCUCUAGGAUUGGUCCCGCUCUUUGGCUCACCAUCCAGAUCUUUGCCUGGGGAACAGUUGCGACAGCUCAAACGGCGAUUCAUAAUCUGGCGGGCUUUUAUUCGACAAGGUUCAUUCUGGGUAUGUGGGAGGCUGGAUAUCUCGCUGCGUCCUUGACGAUUCUGGCAUCGUUUUAUACCAGAAGAGAGAUGGCUAUGCGAGUAACUCUUGUGUACAUUGGCAACUACUUUUCCAGUGGCAUCGGUGGCCUCCUUGCAGGUGCCAUUUUCAAGAUCCCAGAAUCAUCAGGAUUGCAGAAGUGGCAGUGGCUAUUCAUUAUUGAUGGUCUAUUUACCUUUGUCGUCGGAAUCAUGUUCAUCUUCUUGAUGCCCCGAUCAACAGACAACACAACCCCCCUUUGUGGCCUUCAAAGCCUCAACUUCUUUAACGACGAAGAGCGCCGAAUCCUCAACGACCGAGUAAUUCUCGACGAUCCUCGAAAGACGGUCCGCCUUGAGGGCAUCGGCCCCAAGAGAGUCCUCCAGAUUGUAUUCACCAGCUUCCGCAUCUGGGGCCAUUUCGGCGUUAAUGUCAUUUCUCUCACGCCAAAGGGAGGACUCGGAGUAUACUCGCCCACCAUUAUCAAGAACCUGGGGUUUGACGCCACCACCGCCUCGUUCCUUUCUUCUGUUCACAAUUUUGGGGUCUGCAUCUUCGCCAUCACCGUCGCUUGGAUCAGUGACAAGACAUCACGUCGAGGUCUUCUAUGUCUGAUCUGCGCAGUCUACUCCAUCAUUUUCUCUGGAGUUCAAUAUGCAGUUGUCAGGAGUAGCGAUGUGUGGCUUAAGUACGCAAUUCUCACUGUACUCACAUCCGGAAUGGCAGUCUCCCAGAGCAUCAACGAUGCUUGGUUCAGUGUUAACACUGCUCAUCCCCAAGAACGAUGCAUUGGCCUUGCGCUAGCUGUCGCUGGUUCCAACCUCGGUGGCUUAUGCGGACAGAACAUCUUUGUCAAGAGCGACGCACCGUAUUACUACCACGGGUUCCUCAAGGUCCUCUGUAUUUAUGCUGGAAGCGUGGUACUUAUUGCAGUGCUCAUGUUUUACUACUGGAACGAGAACCGGAAGCUUGCCAAGGAGACAAUGGCUGGAGAACUGGUCACUGAACAUGGAGUAUCGGAAAUCAGCCGAGAUGGUGGCAAGUCAAGAGUCAAGAAUCAGCUGUAA